GUCCUUGCUUGUAUGACUUUACAAUGCUAAGUCAUCUCUUUAUUCUUCUCUAUCUUCCUCUCUCUGUUAUCUCAGUUUUUCUCAAAAUUGAUCCAUUCCAGCCGAAUGAAAACCGUUUACUUUUCCAAGGAGAUGCAAUUUCUUCUUAUGGAGCAGUUAUGUUUAUUGAUCCUCAGUCUACCUGUAGUGUUGGUUGGGCUGUUUACAAAGAUGCUGUGCCAAUUUGGGACUCUGAAACAGGAAAGAUCACCGAUUUCAAUACCCACUUCACCUUCACCAUUGAUACUCGACAGGCUUUUGCUUUUGGAAAUCGGAUUGCCUUUUUUUUGGCUUCAGCUGGGUUUCGUAUCCCUCCAAACUCAGCUGCUGGGUAUCUUGGCCUUUUCGAUACUCUCUCUAGUGGAUGGGAUCCUACUUUUGAACAUGUGGGUAUCAAUAUUAACUCCAUUGCUUCCUCUAAUUUCACAAGGUGGAACGUCAGCUUACAUAGUUUGGACACUGUUGAUGUGUUUAUUUCCUAUGAUUCAAUCACUAAAUACUUGAGUGUUUCAUGGAAUAAUGAAAAGACAGCAACUUCUCUUGAAAAUACAACUUUGAGUUACCAGAUUGAUCUCAUGAAGAUUCUUCCUCAAUGGGCGACCGUAGGAUCAGCUUCUAGUGGUUCAUUUUCAGAGCAACUUAGCCUAUUAUCAUGGGAAUUCAGCUCGAGCUUGGAUAUAUUAUCAAAGCCAAAAGCUGAAAAUGAUAAUAAUGGGAGCAAAGUUAAUAUAGUUGUGGUUGUAAUUAUUCCACUUGGCGUUUUGAUGAUUACCAUGGCAGCAAUUUCAAUUACUAUAGUAUUUAGGAGAUUGAAAGAGAAAAAGAAAGAAGAGCAAGAAAAUGUUGAGGAAGUAAACUUGACAUCCAUUAACGACGAUUUCGAAAGAGGAGCAGGACCCAGAAGGUUUUCCCGGAAGCUUCUUGCCAUGGCUACCAACAACUUCUCAAACAAAAGGAAGCUUGGUCAAGGUGGAUUCGGUGCAGUGUACAGAGGGUACCUUCCAGACAUGGAUUUGACAAUAGCCGUGAAGAAAAUUUCAGGAAGUUCGAAACAAGGAAGAAAGGAAUACAUAACUGAGGUUAAGAUCAUUAGUAGACUCCGUCAUCGCAAUCUUGUACAACUCAUCGGUUGGUGCCACGACAAGGGCGAGUUCUUGUUAGUCUAUGAAUACAUGUCAAAUGGUAGCCUUGAUUUUCAUCUUUUUGGUAGAAGAAGCUGCCUUGCUUGGCCUGUGAGAUACAAUAUUGCUUUAGGUUUAGCCUCUGCAUUGUUGUACCUUCACGAAGAAUGGGAGCAAUGUGUGGUUCAUAAAGAUAUUAAAUCUAGUAAUGUUAUGUUAGAUUCAAGUUUCAACACCAAGCUUGGGGAUUUUGGGCUAGCUCGUUUAAUUGACUAUGAUUUAGGCACUCAAACAACUGGGUUGGUAGGAACUUUAGGUUACUUAGCGCCUGAGUACAUAAACACUGGCAAAGCUAGUAAAGAAUCUGAUAUUUUUAGCUUUGGAGUGGUUGCUUUAGAAAUUGCUACGGGGAGAAUGUCAAGAACCGUCAUGGAAGAGGAAUCUCACAAGGGUUUGGUGGAGUGCGUUUGGGAUCUCUAUGGAAGUGGACAAUUGCUUGUGGCCAUAGAUGAGAAAUUGCAAUCUAAUUAUGACAAAAAACAAAUAGAAUGUUUGAUGCUCGUUGGAUUAUGGAGUACUUAUCCAGAUCCUAAUCUUAGACCUUCAAUAAAACAAGCAAUUCGAGUACUUAAUUUUGAGACAAGGAUGCCAAAUCUUCCUACUAAAAUGCCUAUUCCUUCCUAUCAUGCUCCUUUUACAUCGAUGACAUCUAAACAGCCUUCCAUUACGGUAAGCCUUGAUAUAGGUCGUUGAAGAAAUAAGAAUUAAUGCCAUGGCGUUGCCUAUGUCUGUAUUUCUGCGAUGUUUUUUCUGUUUCAUUUUGUUUUCUUUUCUUUAUUAAUGUUAAGUUUUCUUUAGUGAUGUAAAAUUUAUGCCAAGUGUAAUUUGAUGAUGU